CCCUUAAUAUUUUCCGCGUCAGGUCCAUCUCUCCAUAUUGUAGCGCAUUUUAUCUUAAAACUGAUAAUAAUUCAUAUUUUUCUGUGCUAUCUGACUUCAUUAAUGCAUAGAGGUAGUCUGUUAAUAAUAUUUUCGUUUUAAAUUGAAAAGGGCGGAAUAAAAAUGUCUCAGUGGGUUAAUAACUACGCAAUUUGGGAAGACCUUCCGGUGCCUCAAGGGCGUGGCGCCCCAGUCAGAGUGUACGGCGUCAUGGUCGGCGACGAGCGGCCUCCUGCACUUCACAUUAAUGAAGGCGCUGAAGAGCCAGUCUUCAGGAAUUACGUGGGCGGUGGGGACAAGCCAGCUAAACCAGACGUAGGCGUCAUUCAGCACAUGUUAGAAAUGGUUCACAUUGAGAAGCCGCAGCCGCGACCUGAUGUGGCCAACAUAAACGGGUCGGUGCUAAACCCAAACUGCCCCGAAUUCGUGCCAAAGUACGGUGCCAAGCCGAGCUUUAACCCCGAAAAAUACUUCAACGACAGGAAAGACAGAAAUGUCGCCCUCCGAUCGCUACUCGAAGCCGACUCUCAGAAGUACAAGAUGCAAAACAUCACACUCAUCAAACCUGAUGAUAUCAUUCAUAAUAAUGUGGUAUUUGAACGCCAGCGGUCCCCCUAUUACCAUCUCGUGUCCACGCCACCAGCCGAUAUGUUCAAAAAGGAAAGUACAGUUCCAAAGAUAACAAUUCUGGAUCCAGCUGAGGAGCCAAAUAAUAACAGUGUGAAUCUGUACCCACCAUCGGAGUACUCUAAGGAGUUCUACAACAAAAGCGCGGAGGAGACAAAGUUGAAUACUUACGUGAAGAAUGAUAUUUGGGCUAAGGCCGGAAAGAAAGCGAAGGAGGUUGAGAAAAGGAAGCAACAGGCUGCGCAGUUGUGCAGUGACUGGGGAUUAAAAGAACACAACGAACAUUUGAACCUGGUCCGUCUGCCCUGCCAUCGCCACGUGAUCUUCGAGGAGUGCAUCGUCUGUGAGGUAGUAAAAAAACAUUGCUGCGACCUCAAAAUGUACGUGGCAUUCCCCAAAAGUAUGUAAACAUGACAAUAAAGCUUUUCUUUUACAUUUAGGCGGCGUCUAAGAAUUCCAUAAGGUAUUCAUUGAUUUCAAACCCUAUGAUUGAAACAUAACACCUACUUCACCCUGCUCAAUUAGAUUUCUUAAUUUAUGCGGAUUAAGAAGAGAUAUGUUGAAUAUUUUAAAUAUGUAUUAUUUAACUUAAACUUAGGGAUAUUAUUAAUUAAUAAGUAAGGUCCGACCUCAGUACUUCCGCCUUGUAAUUCUCCAAAAUUGACUCCGCCUAUUCCUCAGCUCAUUUCUUUUAAAUCUUAGGCGCCUCCUGAAACAACACUGCGUAGCCCAUUAUUAUACUUAUUAUUAUUUUUUUAAAAUACUGUAAGUGCUAGGAUGGUUCAACUGACAGUUAAAACUACGUCCAUGAUUUCAAAUAGAAACGAAACGUUUAUGUGGAGCCGAAUAUGCCAGAAACGGGUAUUAAUGCAAAAUCUCAUUAAACUUUAUUUUAUCUGUCUGCAGUUCUACAGAAAUAUCAAGUGAUCUGGAAUUAAUAAUUAUAUUUUUAUUUAAUUAUUAAUUCAAGGUUGUUACGAAGCAAUAAGGCAGAAACUGGCCAUGCCCUUUGCUAUUAUAAAAUUUCACAGGUGAUUCUUUGACAAUUGAUAUAUUUCCGUUUUAUGAUAUUUUUAAUACUUUUAAAACAUUUCAUUCAAAAAUAGACCUAAAGCAUUUUGUGCAAGGUCGAUUGCAGUUGCGCAGUGUUGUAAUAUAUUUUUAUUUCUUGUGUCGUUAGUGUGAAUAUAUCUUAACUAUGAGCUAUAUUGCUCUGGUUUUAUUUGUAGUUACUAAUAAAUGUUUUGAUAAUAAGCUUUAGGUUAUAAGACUUUUUGAAAGGAAUUCUUCUAAGACUACGUUUUUUAUACAAUUAUUUUUUAUUGAUAUUUGACGCCAAAGAUAUGCCAAAGACGACGACACAUCGUAUUUGUUAAGAUUUUUAGGUCAAAGUUACAAUCAUGAGAAACGAACCACGUGGAACGAAGACAUUUUAUAGGAAGAACAGCGCGAGGACACGUGAAUGCGAACAAUAUUCCGUGUGAUUUAUGAUUUUGUACCCCAUUUUAACGCAGAUAAAGUGCAGUUUACCUAACACCUAUCACAUUUAUUUUGUACAGUAACGUCUUAAGUACUACUUAAAAGUAUUUAUUGCUAUUAUUUGAGCCACUAUUAACUGAAGAAGAACAAUAAAAUGCAAAUGGAAGAGGUAAGUAUUUAGUAUAUAUAUAAGUUGUAUAAAGUUAGUAAUAAUUUUAUUAUGAUCUAAAUAAUGUAGUAUAUAUUAAGAUAUGUAGAAAUGAUCGCUGCAUUAGUUACCUUCGAACGUGGGUUGAAAGAAGUAAGAAAAUAUCAUAUAAGGCUAAACUGUAUCCUUAGGCUAUAUUCCCUUUCAUAUUUUGUAAGUACAGCUAUUUGAAUGUUUAGGUAUGCUCACAAUAAUAUAUCCUAUCCAAAUUAUGCCGAGAAUUAGUUAUAACUCUUUCCAGAAAUAUGAAUUUUAAUAUCAACGUGUUAAGUUGUAGGUCUCUCAAAUGUGAGAGUCCGCCUGGGUAGGUAUCAC